GGGGGCCGCCGCAGGGGAUGGCUGCUCAGAGGCUCGGCAAGCGGGUCCUGAGCAAGCUGAAGUCACCCUCCCGGGCCAGGGGCAGUCCUGGUGGUAGCCCUGGAGGCCUGCAGAAGCGACAUGCGCGAGUCACUGUCAAGUACGACCGGCGGGAGCUGCAGCGUCGUCUGGACGUGGAGAAAUGGAUCGACGGGUGUCUGGAGAAGCUGUACCAGGGCCGGGAGGAAGAGAUGCCUGAUGAAGUCAACAUUGAUGAGUUAUUGGAACUCGAGAGUGAAGAGGAGAGAGGCAGGAAAAUUCAGGGAAUCUUGAAGUCUUGCAGAAACCCCACAGAGGAUUUUGCCAAGGAGCUGGUCCUGAAACUUCGGGGGCUUCACAAACAGCCAGGCCUUCCCCGGGGCAGUCCUUCAGAUGACUCCGAUGGGGGUGGCAUAAGCCCAGUCCAGGAUCAAGCCAGGAGAGCCCCUCGCUGACCAACCCCUCUCCCUUUGAGGCCCUGGAGAGAUGCCAUAUUCCUGUCUCUACGUUCCCCACAUCCUUCUGCCUGGGACUAUGUUUAUAAAUUGUAUUUUAUGUUGUUUUAAAAAGAAAAGUGUGUUUGUGGUUCA